UUCUUAAAGCGUCAUUUCAAAGAAAAAAUUUUUACAAAUUGAACAGAAUGUUUAAGAAAAUGUUAUAUUUUGAAAUCUAUUAUAGUAUACAAUUAAUUGGACUUAUUUUACUUUAUCCAAUUCUAAUUUUAAUAACUGUUGUCAAUAAAAUCAUAAAAAUUAUAAAAACCAAUGGUUUCGGUUCCAGAAAUAUUCGAGGACAAGUAGCAGUGGUUACUGGCGGCGCACGAGGCUUAGGGCGUGACAUUGCCAAAGAAUUGGCUGCCAGAGGGUGUCAUAUUGCAAUUGUUGAUAUAAAAGAAAACCUGGCGUUGGAAACGGCGCAGUACUUAACAGAAACAUUUGAUAUUAAAAGCAAAGCGUACAAGGUGGACGUAAGUGAUUAUGGACAACUAGAGCUUCUAAGAGUCUCAAUAACUGCGGAUCUUGGUACUCCAACUAUUAUAAUUAAUAACGCUGCAGUUUUGGUGGGUUCAUCAUUGACAAAUCUUUCCCCUCAUGAAGUGAAACAAAUGAUUGAAGUUAAUUUUACUGCCGUAUAUUACAUUCUGCAAAUAUUUUUGCCCAAAUUAAAAGAACUAAAUCAAGGCUAUAUUGUUAAUAUUUGUUCCUUAUCCGCCCUCAUAACUUCGCCACUUUUUAAUGUUUAUGGAGCCACCAAAGCAGCUAUACGUUCCUUGAGCCAAGCUCUGCGUACGGAACUCAUAUUGGAUCGUAAAAAUAUAACGGUUACAACUGUAAUGCCCACAUUUUUAUCAACUAAUAAAACUGUAGAAACAAUUCAUAAUUUGACUGGGUUACGACAUGUAUUGCCUACAAUGGAGGGUGAAGUUUGUUCCAAGUAUGCGAUCAACGGUAUGUUGAAUGGUAGUCGGGAAAUUACAGUGCCUUGUGUAAUGCUCUACAUGUAUAAACUGUUGGAGAUUUUACCGGUUCAUGUCAAGGAGUUGUUUUCAGCAUUUUUUGCGGCUAAGAAAUAUAAAACUAUACUAAACUGUACAAAAAUCGCAAAGGUUUUAAAUAAAAGAGAUUAAAAUGUGUCAGCAUAUUAA